AUGGAAGACAAGAAAUCAGAGUUCGAACUAAAAAGACACAGAGGAAAAGAAAAUCUUAGCAAUUCAUCUCUCGUUUUAAACAUUUUAUUCACCUUGAUAGUCAAUUUUUCUUUUGUAUUUUUUAUUCAGAUAAUUGCAAUUGCAAUAGUCUUAGGAAUUGAUGAUGGCUCUUGUGAUAAGCCGAUUAGGUAGUUUAUAAAUAGACAAUGACUUAUUGUAAGAGCAGUUGCUAAUGUUUUUCUUAUAGUAAUUUACUCUAUAUCACAAAUAAAGAAAAUUAGUGAAAAAAUCCGAAAAUUCAUGUUUAGUUAUAUUUUCAUGCCUGGGGCUUUCUUAAACUUUGCAUGAAUGAUCGUUGGGAGUGUAUGGGAGUUUGAAAGUGAUGACUGCUAUGACAAGUUUUAUAACGGCUGGGCUUUAACUUUGGCAAUAUUGAUUGUUGAUUAUGUUAGUAUCGGACUAGUUUGCUGCUUAGUAAGCUGCUGUAUAUGUGCUCCAGGAAUGAUUUUUAAGAUUUUUAAGAUGAUCAAACUAAAUUAUGAUGAGUUAAAAGAAAUGGAAAAGGAUUCGGAAAACUGUGUAAAAGAGCAAAAAAAGGCAGAACUUGAAGCUCAAUCUAAUGCAAAAGUUUAA